AUGCACGCCGGACAAUGUCAAUUGUUGAUAAGUUUUUUGAUUGGUAUUAUUUCAGCUGAAAUCGAAUUUAUUGCUGUUCGACUACCAUUGAAAGGAGAACAUUCACCACCAAAUGCAGUAUGGCCACAUCCACAACAAAUCAUUGCUUCAAAUGAAUUGCUCUAUAUUCGGCCUCAUGAUAUCAUGAUUCAUUCUAAUAUUCGAACAUGUGAUAUUAUUUCAAAAGCUAUUGAACGAUAUGAACCAAUUUUCUUUCCACCAAAACUUUCAAUGAAUGAACCACCAUCUAAUGCUGAUAACAUUCUACAAAAUUUAACACUAAAUAUACGUGAUAAUCCUCAAUGUGAACAAUAUAUUCAACAAAAUUCAGAUGAAACUUAUACUUUAACGAUCAAUAACAAAAUAGCGAUUGUUGAAGCAACUAGUGUUUGGGGUUUAUUACGUGGUCUCGAAACAUUUUCACAACUUAUUUAUAUCAAUGAACAAAACUAUGUUGUUAUUAAUGAUUCUGUGACUGUUAUUGAUAGUCCUCGUUUUCAACAUCGUGGUGUUAUGCUCGAUUCAGCGCGACAUUUUUUACCAGUACCAAUUAUUAAAAAGAAUCUUGAUGUUCAUCGAUGUCGUUUAUUGAGACGAGGAAUACCUGCUCAACCAAUUUUGGGUGGUUAUUGUGGCAAUUAUGAAUUAGGCAUGCCAGAAUCGAUGAUUAACGAUCCAGCGUUCAAUUAUGAAAACUAUACUCCGACGAAUUCGACGACAACAUCAACACAAAGUUCAACCAACUCUUCAUCGGAACGUUCACCACCAAAUGCAGUAUGGCCACAUCCACAACAAAUUGUUGCUUCCAAUGAAUCGCUCUAUAUUCGUCCUCAUGAUAUCAUGAUUCAUUCUAAUAUUCGAACAUGUGAUAUUAUUUCAAAAGCUAUUGAACGAUAUGAACCAAUUUUCUUUCCACCAAAACUUUCAAUGAGUGAACCACCGUCUGAUGCUGAUAACAUUCUACAAAAUUUAACACUAAAUAUACGUGAUAAUCCUCAAUGUGAACAAUAUAUUCAACAAAAUUCAAAUGAAACUUAUACUUUAACGAUCAAUAACAAAAUAGCGAUUGUUGAAGCAAGUAGUGUUUGGGGUUUAUUACGUGGUCUCGAAACAUUCUCACAACUUAUUUAUAUCAAUGAACAAAACUAUGUUGUUAUUAAUAAUUCUGUGACUGUUAUUGAUAGUCCUCGUUUUCAACAUCGUGGUGUUAUGCUCGAUUCAGCGCGACAUUUUUUACCAGUACCAAUUAUUAAAAAGAAUCUUGAUGUAAUGGCUUAUAAUAAAUUAAAUGUAUUUCAUUGGCAUCUUGUAGACGAUCAAUCAUUUCCAUUUCAAAGUACAACUUUUCCAAAUCUAUCUCGAGCUGGAGCUUUUUCGACUUAUCAUGUAUAUACACCAGCAGAUGUUAAUGAUGUUAUUGAACAUGCUCGAUUACGUGGAAUUCGUGUCAUUCCUGAGAUUGAUACACCUGGUCACACAUAUUCAUGGGGUAAAUCAAUGCCAGAAUUAAUAACUCCAUGUUGGGCAAAUGGAAAACCAUAUCAAGCUAUUUAUGGAAUACAAGGUGCAAUGGAAAUAUUUAAUCCAAUUGAACCGCGUGUUUAUUCAACAAUGGAUGCUUUACUUCGAGAAGUAAAAAGUAGAUUUCCUUCCAAUUAUAUUCAUCUUGUAUAUGAUAAAUGUUGGCUUUCUAAUCCUAACAUUACUCAAUGGAUGAUUGAUAAUAGUAUUAAUUCUACGAAAGGUAUUCAUGCAUAUUAUGCAGAUAGAAUCUUAGAUAUUACACGUAAUAUCAAUGUUGUACCUAUUGUUUGGCAAGAUGUUUGGGAUGAAAAAGUUGAAUUACCAUCUGGCACUAUUAUACAAGUAUGGAAAGAUACUAGUGAUAAUAGUGCAUUUGGUUCAUGGGCUUCAUAUUUGAAUGAAGCAGCUAAUGAAGGUUAUAAUGUAAUACUUUCAAGUCCUUGGUAUAUUAAUUAUAUUAGUUAUGGCAAAUACAAUACAAAUACAUCUGUGAUGAAUUUAGAAUUUUUUAAGUAUUAUGAAGUUGAACCACUUCGUCUCUUUAGUGGUUCUGAUGAAGCAAAGAAACGUAUUCUUGGUGGAGAAGCUUGUCUAUGGGGUGAAUUUGUUGAUGGUACUAAUUUAUUACCACGAUUUUGGCCAAAAGCAUCUGCUGUAGCUGAACGAUUGUGGAGUGCUGCAAGUGUUAAUAAUUCUGAAGAUGCUCAAUUUCGAUUGGAUGUUCAUCGAUGUCGUUUAUUGAGACGAGGCAUACCUGCUCAACCAAUUUUGAGUGGUUAUUGUGGAAAUUAUGAUUUAGGCAUGCCAGAAUCGAUGAUUAACGAUCCAGCGUUCAAUUAUGAAAAUUAUACUUCAACUAAUUGGAUAACAACAGUAACGAGAUUAAGUUCAACUACAUCCUACCCAGUGAAUAGUGCUUCAUCAGUAAUUGUAUCAACUUGUACGAGUUUAAUAAUAAUAAUGAAAAUAACUCUCGUUACUAUUUCAUUUUAA